UUCAAAUUUUGAUCUGAAAUAUUGUUACUUACCAUUUCUCUUUAAGUGUCCAAUAAAAAUUAAACCAUCAAAGUGAAUUAAAAACAAAAAGAAAAAGAAGUAUUUCCAACAAAAUACUUGAAUAAUAUUACAUUUAAAUAGUAUGAAACAUGCUAUGUUUUAUCAAAUAGUGGAUAAAAAAGAAAGACCGGUUGUCAUACAGUAAUCGAGACACGGCCAUCAGAGACGACCAUGAAAAGAAGAGAAAAUUGUCCGGUUGUGAGUCGGAUGAACGAAAGUUCCUGCUAUAAGAGAGCGCCGGAAUGCUGCAUGCUGUUAUGCUAGGUAGCGGUCCGGGUCGAGGGAGAAACGAAUGGUAUCCGGGAUUUUAUUUGCAACGUCGACGACUUGGAUGCAGGAUGAACCGUGGAGAACAGGAAACCUUAUUCAGGCAGAGCAGGCAGCUCACGAGAAUCAUGCCAUCUCACGAGGAUCUGGUGCUGAGCGUGCUUAAAUCACCGAUUAGCCAGCAUCAGCAACAGCAACGCCAGCAGUAUCAUCAUACGCAUCAUUCUCAUGAACACCAUGUUAACUGCCAAGGUCAUCAAAACCACAGGAAGUGCACGCAUUCAGGUGAGACCAACGAAAGUCUUCCACGAAGCAAGGACCAAUGCUCUAGGCUCAUGGAAAAACGGUCAAAUGACACGGCCGCGUACGCCGCCUUGCAAGCCAGCGAGGACGAGCUGAUCGCUGAGCACUGUCUCGAAUCGGAGGACACGGCAUUAAAAACGCCAGGCAGCGAGACUGAAGACACCGAGGAUAACGGCGUACAAAUGGAAGAAACCACCUCUUCGCCUAGCCGUCGUUUCACUUUCCUCAGGCGCUUCCGAUCACCAAGGUUUGGCGAAGCACACCAUAAGAGGGUGCCUACGCCAAUGAAAAGGAAAUAUCGCCGAAAGAAGAGCAAAGAUGACAUUAUCAACAAUGAUAUGAAUACCACGGAAGUCGAACCAUCUAGUUUGAAUCAAACUGGAGUGUCUGACCCAUAUUAUCCGAUUUAUUUGCCGAUCGACCAGGCCUUCAAAGCUAAAUACGUGUUUCAUCACAAAAAGGGCAAAACUUUUCAGGAGAGACUCUACGUAUUCUUGGAACAUCCCGGCGGAUGGAUCUGCUUCAUUUAUCAUUUCACUGUAUUCUUCGAUAAUUCGUUAACGUCUGUCUUCAACGGUCGUUAGUAUAUAAAAGUAGACUAUUUUUUUAGAGUUAC